CUGAGGUUCCGCUCCCCACUUAGUACAGCUCACAUGCCGCCCACGCCCACGCUGCCGAAGCCGAGGCAUGCGUACCUGGCGCAAAAGCGCAAGGAGCACCAGCAAGCGGGCAAAGACGCUUCAUCCAGCACCUACGACUACAAUGUCAUCGGUUCUGGCCCGGCGAGCGCGGGCUUUAUCAACAAGCUCCUCAGCCUCAAGCGAGAGGUCUCGGUGCUCUGGUUCGAGGAGGGAGAGCGAAUCGGCAAGUAUGGGCAAGGAAUCGUCGGCUGGCCUGAUGAGCUUCAGCCGCAAAUAAGCAAGGGCAACAUCCCUGACCACCGCUUCACCACUCGUAACUGGCUGCGCGCGCGCUCAUGGAAGGGAUUUGGAGGUGGCGACGCGAUGAACUCUGGCGGUCCCAACUACCUCGGGCUCCAGCAGGAUGACACCGUUCUGGAGCCCAAUGUAUGGGAGCUUCGCAACCAAAACAUUAUCGAGGGGAAGAGCUCGUUCGGGACCACCCCGCUCGGGGACCGCUUCAUCGGCGCGUUCCAGGGCGCCGAGGGGUUCGUUGGCUACGAGAUGCAGACGCCCCUCCCCACAGACGCGCCGGCCAUCUCCAUGGCCGGGAGCGGCUUCGUCGGCUACCCCAGCAGCAUCUACCCGAGCAGCCAGCGGCGCAAUUUCCUGGCGGAUAGGCUCGCGCAGGAGUUCUCGGCCGGGCCGGGCCGCCGCUCCCUCCAUCUUCGCACCAAGGUUGUGCGACUGCUGGUAGAGGAGGCGCCUGAUGGAGGCAAGCGAGUGUCCGGCGUCGCCGUGCUGCCGCCGGGCGGGGGUGGCGAGGUGGUCUACCGCGCUCACUCCACCAUCCUCUCCGCGGGCAUCUUUGGCACCUUCUCCCUCCUCGUCGACUCUGGCAUCGGGCCGCCCGAGGCGCUGGACACGCGCGGCAUCUCUCCGAGCCGCCGCGUCAUCGAGAACCCACACAUCGGCAAGGAGGUGGGCGACGAGGUGAUCGUGACGUGCCUCUUUGUGGCCGCCGAGGACCAGGGCGGGCCGCCGCCGCAGGGUCGCGUGGCACCCCUCGUCGGGGCUCGAGCCGGCGACCAGUUUUUGCGGCGGACGGCGCUCGUGGUCUGGGCCCGCGGGCUGCCCACCAUCUUUGCGCUCAUCACGCGCAUGUGGCUCGUCUUCCGGCUCUUGCUCACGCCCUUUGCUCGGAACUGGUCCUACAUCUCCGUCUCGCUCGACUCGCUAGACCCCGUCACCCGCAAGCCAACCAUGGCGCUCAGGGCGACGAAGCAUUCUGUCGAGGUUGACGACUCGCGGCUCGACUUCACCCCGGAGAUGAUGGGGUGGUACGAGAGCCAACUGCCGGCACUCAAAGAGUUCUUCCGCCUCAACAACGAGGCGCCGCAGAGCUGCUGGCGCCGGUGGCACCGCUUUUGGCUGAGGUUCCUGACUCCGCUCAUUCACUCGUCCAUUGGCCGCUGCGUUGGGAUGCCGCCGGGCGUCACCGAGUGGAACCUCCACAUCAAGCCUACAAAGAAGGAGCUGGGCACCUACAACCACUUUUACGGCGGCUGCCAGCCCGUUACCGUGCUGAACGACAAGUUUGAGCUCUACCUGCAUCCGCCCGCGCUUGGCAAGACCGCGGAGGAGAACCGCUGCCGGCCCGCACUGGCAGGACUGCACAUUGCCGACGCAUCCGUGAUCCCACAGCUCACGCCCGGAGCCCCCUCGGCGACGGUGAUGGAGUGGGGCAUGCGCGUCGCAGACAGGCUGUGUUUCGUGGAGGGGGUUUAGCACUUCCCACAUUUGUGGGAACUCAGACACCUCAACCGCUGAGAGAGCUCGCAGACGAGCGAAAAUUCCUAGGCGCUCGCAGACGAGCGCAUCGACAAAACACGUUAGAGUUUUGUUCGUUAGAGUCGUUUGGUAUUGCU